CAUGUUUCGAAACGAUUAACCACUAAUUUCUGCUUCGUAUUUGCUUUUUAAAAGACUUUUUCGCAUAAAAGUUAUUUUCUUACCUACAGAUUAACAAUGUGAUGUGCGGGACUGUGUUUUGCCCCCGGAAUUGCCGUAUUAAAUGGAUUAUUUAGGCAAGUAGAACGAUUUUGAGGAGUGAGUGUCGUGAGCCGUGACGGGGGCUAAUGUUUAUUUUGCGCGGGGAUUAGUGCCGAGUUGUGACGAUAUGAGCGCGGGAAACGUCGAAAAACCAAAGUCCCGCUUUUAUGUUUCAAAUUCAUUGACACCACAAGAUGCAUUGGAAGAAAAUUUGGAGAAAUGCAGAAAAAUUGUCAAUGAUCUUACAAAAGAUUUGUCCGAAAAGCAAGCCCAUGAUGCCUUGAGUGCUGCAGUAUCAAAGGGUUCAAAUGAGGAAGUGUGCCUGGGGUUACUUCAUAUUAUACUCACUGAAUCAAACAGUGCUCACAAUGCAUUUAGGGACCUCAAUCUGGUGAGCCGAGAUUCCAUGGUUUUGAUUGUCAAUAAAUUGCUACAAUUGAUCUCGGAGAGGUACAUUCGGUUGACAGAUAUGGUAAAAACCCAGAUUAUUUGGUUGACAUCACAAUUUGUUGUGUCAAACAUUGGUGGGGCUGAUGCCAUUUGUCAUGCUCUGCUAAAGCAAGUGGCUGGUGGGGACUUACAUGCCACCAACAUUUGGCUUGCAGAAUCACUUCUGACCUUGUUUACACAGCACCGAAACUGGCUACAGAAAUUCCCCCAAUUACUUGCUGUUGUACUGUACAGCUUCUUGCGAUUGAUUGUUGACCAUACUGCAGGUUCAUACAAAGCCUUACGACAAAAGGAGGUCACCUUCUGUGUCUCCAUCCUACGUGAACGAUUCAAUGAUUGCAUGCCAAUUGGUCGGGACUUGGUAAGGCUGCUGCAGAAUGUUUCAAAGAUCCCUGAAAUGAAGAUUCUCUGGAAAGAUAUGCUACAUAAUCCAAAGUCAUUAAGUUCCCAGUUUACUGGUAUCGGUCAACUUUUAAAUGUGCGUACCCCUCGCAAGUACCUGGCAUGUCGGCUGACACCUGAUAUGGAAAACAAGAUAGGUUUUUUGACUUCAAAAGUAAAGUUCGGACAGCAAAAAAGAUAUCUUGAAUGGUUUCAGAGGCAGUAUUUUAGUUCACCAGAGAGUCAAAGUCUCCGUAUAGAUCUCAUCCGGUACAUAUGUGGCGUUGUUCAUCCUUCCAAUGAAAUACUUAGCUCAGAUAUAACUCAACGAUGGACACUUAUCGGUUGGCUUUUAUCAACAUGUACAAAUAGUGUGAACGGUGCAAAUGCAAAGUUGGCACUGUUCUAUGAUUGGUUGUUUUACCAAGUAGACACAGAUAAUAUCAUGAACAUUGAGCCUGGAAUAUUGGUAAUGCAUCAUUCAUUGAGAAGCCACUCCCAGCUUACUGCUACUCUACUUGACUUUCUUUGUAGAUCAGCACUUGAGUACUUUCAGCAGGGUCAACCAUCAAAGGAAUGUGUUGGAAAUGCUUUUAAGACUAUUUUGUCCAAAAAAGUUGUGAGCACUAUCAUGCCAAUUAUUGAUAACCAGCGCAUGGGAUUAGAACUAAAAAAUCUAGUUCGUAGCACUUUUCCUGAGUUUUUCCAAGUGAAUGGUACUUCCUCUAGGAAGCUACCAGACUCUUUAUCUGCUGGGAAAAUGGACACUAGUGAAAGUGGUCCUGUUGUGAACUUGGAUAGUCAAUCAGAUUCUGAUGCAACUGAGGGUACAAGUGAUGCAAAGUUUUCUGACACUGAGGAUGAAGCUGAUGUUCAGAUAAAUGGCGAGAAAGGAAGUGUUAAACUUCGAGAUGGAAGAUUCAGAUCUGCUGUUUUGGAGAAGGGAGCUGAUGACAAAGAUGAAGAAGAUGAGGUCGAGAGUGAUGCAGUUGACUUUGAUGAGCUUGAGAAGUUGGAUGAAGACCUUCGAGAUAUGGUCCUGAAGUUACACCAAGAGAGCAAUGUUGGUGUUAGGUGUGACACCAUGGAGAGCAUUGUGGCUAUGGUACUCAACCUGAAUGAUUUUGAUGAUGAAAUGAACAGUGCAUUAGCAACCUGUCUAAACAACAGCAUGGUUGAGGAUUACUAUCAAUUUUGCCUCCCAGAAACAGUAACUGAUCGAGAACUUCAAGAUUCUUUGGAGGGUCCACUGUAUACGUUGUUUGCGAAGCUGAUUCAUACUUAUGGCAUUGGGAAGAAAGAAACUAUUGUUAAGCUGUUGCAAGAGAUGAAAUCUCUAGAACCAAAACUUGGUUAUCACUUACUGUACUAUCUAAUGGCCAGCGAGCAAGAUGAAGAAAAUCUUUCUGUUUAUGAAGAGUUCAUUCGAACAAUGAAAGAUUUCAAGAGCAUUUCUGCAAGCCUUUUGGAAGAUAUGAAACUAUGCCAAGCUUAUGACCCACGAUUGUUUGUGUUCCUAGCGCCUCCAUUGUAUCGAAAGUUCUCCAAAGAUCUCAUUGGAAAUAUAGAAAUGCUUCAUCUCAUGGUCGCUAUUGUUGAUCCUUUACAGCUGAGAGAGUUGCUUCACGAAGUAGUCUUGCGUGAUCUGGUGAUAUUCGGCGAAGAUAAUGUGUUCGAAGUAUUGAAGGAGUCGUUGUCUUGGGAAUCCUUUGAGCAAUAUAACGUAUGGCAGUUGCUUUGUGCAGAGGACCCGCCCGUGGAAUGCUUUCUAAAACUGUUACCAUUAUUAAAGCCAAGUAUUCACUCUGAAGCUAUUUCAAACAUACUGCUUCUGCUAAAAGGGGCAGAUCUUACCCCAGAGAUUGUAGCCUCGCUGCUCUGUAUGGAAUGCCCGGCUUCCAUCAAAGAAAAGCCAAAACAACUCAGCACAUGUUUGCUGCGCUACUGGAGUUUUGAUGAAAGUAAAGAGCUGGCAAAGAUCGUUUGUAACCACAUCGAGAAGAAUCUGUCAUCUUCGGGUAACCGUAGACGACAGCUGAAAGGUGGAAACCAAAACCAACCAACCAUGGAACAAAUACUGGUUCAACUAGAAUGCUUUUAUGAGCUUUGUCAACAGCAGCAGAACUUGGACUUCUUCAAACAAGAGGUAGUUAAGCGCGCACUCGAGAAAGUGAAACAGCAUUGUUCGAAUUCCAUUCAGCAGAAAUUCCAGCUGCUGUUCUCCGUUUGUGAAGGACAGGAAACGAGAAGAAGAAACAACAGAAUGUCGAAAAUUGUUGCAACACAAAUUGCCGAGGCGGACUCGAGCUCGGAGAGUGAUGAAGAGGAACCACGAAAGAGACCUGCAAAACGAAAGCGGAAACAAAGCCCGGACUUUGAUUCCGACGACAGCGAUGAAUGAGGAUGUAGUUUUAGGAAAUUCACAGUUUAUAGUUUCACACGGUUCACGUUUUGCACGUAGUUGAUCUUUCGAACUUUACAUAUCGUGCACAUUGUAAUUGGAUGUGUGGCACCAUAACAAUCAGUUGUACCGAGGUUUCAAUGCAGUACGAGUUAGUUUAUUUUUCUAAUCUCAUCUACUUGUGCAUGGGACGAAAUAGGAAUUGAAAACAGCUCAAUCUUACCAAGGUCUAAACUUACUAUGAGAAAUUGUUCAACAAAACGGAAGAACAGUAAACAGUUCUUACAUAUUAUUCAAAUUUCACGACCAUUAUACCUUAGAGUCUAGUUCCCAUUCAUUUGCAAACAAGUCGUGUUUACUAUAACUCCAAAAAUUAAUCUGAUCUUUCUUUUUUUCGUGCACAUUACUCCAUAAUCAGUCUUUAUAUGUACGCUUGACACGUUUACGCGAAAGUUUGACUUGUUUGCGAUGAAUUGGAACAAGACGUUGUACGAUCAGUAUUUUGUUUAGUUUGUAUUGAAAGUGUUUCACAUUGACAUUGUAUUUAAACAACGAAUGUGUUUUUGC